AUGGACUUGUUUGAGAGCAGAGGAGGCAGACUGGAUGUGAUUGCAGAAGAAGCUGAGCACCAGCAGUUAAGCAGAGAGUUGAUCGUAAUGGCAGGCAAGGAAGGGAGGGCGACCCAAGGAGUUUCCACCUUCCAGAGGUUUUCUGUCGACACCAACGAGUCCCUUCACUUUGAGCCCUGUGAGGACAGCCUUCCAUCUCCCACUGGGCCAGAAGAUGGACUUGAUGACAAUGUGUUUAAAGAGGGCGAAACCGAGGGUGAGAUCGUCUCAGUCAGGAAUCGUUUGCAAGGGAAAGUUGCUGAGAUGGAGAACUUUGCAGGUCAUCUGGAAGAAAUCUUUCUCACUGUGGAGGAGAAUUUUGGCCGUCAGGAGCAGCACUUGGAGCAGCACUACAACGAUGUGCUACUGACGUUGUCUCAACGGUACGACGAGAGGGCGGCCGGACUGGAGGAGGAGAAGAAGGGCAAGCUGGAGGCCCUUUACAAGCAGCUGCUGGCUUGUGGUCGGGCGAUGGAUGCCUCCAAGGAGCUCAUUGAGACGGCCCAGGAGGUCUACCGCAGCCAAGACGAGAGGCUUUUCCUGAAGGCUGUUAUGCCGACCAUUAAAAGAAUCGAGGACUUUGCCAAAGAGGAGGUUGACCUUACAUUGUCUGCACAUCUUGAGUUUAACACACCACUUGCUGACAUGUCAGAUGUCAAAACCAUGAUGGACACUAUCAACGUUGUUCCAGCUCCAUCUGCCCCGGUAAUCAACCCCCAGAUGCCCAACUCUGCCAGCCAGACGUCCCUGCGUGUGUGCUGGAGCCUGUUCUCCGACGACACAGUGGAGUAUUAUGAGCUUUUCUACAGACCGGUGCUGGAGGACACUCCAGCAGACAGCACCUGUGCACCACAUGUAAGCAAGGUGAACGUGAAGGAGACCCACUGCACUGUGGCAGAUCUGCUGCCCAAUGCUCAGUAUGAACUCUGGGUGACUGCGACCAACACCACGGGCAUCAGCCCAGCGAGCGAGAAGGCCUUAUACAUGACCGUGCCAUCGCCUCCAGUGAUCAAGCAGAGGGAGUGUACCAGCUGUCCAGAGGCUGCUCUGAUCCGCUGGGAGUCAGGGAACACCAACCCCGUCGACUCUUACACUGUGGAGCUCAGUGAGAUGGGUACUGAUGGCACAGAGAGUGCUUUUACUGAGUCUAUUGUAGCCGUGCCCACCUGUCAGUGUCUGAUUCAGCUGCAGACAGGACGCCGUUACCUCAUCUCUGUGAGAGCAGUCAACAUCGGCGGACCGAGCGGCAGGAGUGAAGUUAUUACCGUCUCCACAACAGGUACAUUCUUCUACCUCCUGGAGGACACUGCACAUUCUUGCCUGUCCAUCUCUGAAGACGGCUUCACCAUGUUUUAUGGAGAUGAGGAGAUGCCAAUCAGCGCUAUGGCCUUAGAUGAUAACAACACCUUUAACAGAUGUGUAGCUGUCCUGGGGGAUCUGAUCCCAGUGCGAGGCAGACAUUACUGGGAAGUGGAGGUGGAUGACGCAACAGAGUUUAGGAUCGGAGUUGCAUCCAAGGACACAGAGAGGAACUCGUACCUCGGAGCCAACAACACCUCCUGGUGUAUGAGACACAUUCUCACUCCAUCCAGGCAUAAAUAUGAGUUUCUGCACAAUGGCUGUAGUCCUGACCUGAGGAUUACAGUGAACCCAGUGCGGAUAGGAGUGGCACUUGACUACGGGAGGGGGACUCUGUCCUUUUUUAAUGUGGAUCUGGAACAACACCUACACACCUUCCACUGUCACUUCAGAAAUGUUGUCCAGCCCUGCUUUGGCCUGGACAACCCGGGAGCUCUUACUGUACACAAUGGCAUCGAGGCGCCCGGGUACACAUUCACCUGACACCAGCGUUAAGAUGGAAUAAAACCCAGGACUGGAAGAGUGUGAAAUAACAUUGUUUUUAUUACUUAAAGUUCUGGGUGACAGCCCCAAUAAAACAAAACCCCAAACAUUGUGAGCACCCAAAUUCAUACAAAUAAAAAGCAUUUGUGAGCCUCAUUCAGCUGUAUAAAAUGUGAUGGAUCCAAACACAAUAAGGGGUUUUCAGGUGUUUUUAUUAUAGUAUUCCACGGGAAUAGGCACACACCAUUUUCCAAGAUAAGAAAAAAAGUUAACUUAAUUUUACAAUAUGUAUUUUUAGCAUCAGUAAUUGCAGCAGACCAAGUGUUUAAAUUCAAAAGGGAAAUAAGGGGCUUGUUUUAGAUGAACAAAAAUAUGCUUUGAAAAAGUGUUUUAAGAAAUAAAAAUCCAUUUAUAGUAAUAAAAUAGUACAUCUUAAAAAAAGGAAAAAUCCACCCUGAAUACUUCUACACUGUUAAAAGUGAAUAUUGUGUUUAAUAGUGAUAUAUAUAUUUUUUUUGUUAACAGAAAAUGUCUUUGCCAUUUAAGACAUUGUAAGUGUACGUUUUCAGGCUUCUAUCAAGUCAGCAAUAACACAAAGGAGAAAAA